AUUUACAUUUUAUAGUAUUUGUAUAACGUGUCUGGUACGAACUUUAGUCGAGUUCUACACUUCCAUUGUCAAGUUUGAAACACCCAGCUUUUGGUCACUGUCAGACUCCAGAAUGAGUAAAUCAAGAAUGACUUCACGCUGUAAGAUGAGUAGUGGCACAGUGACUUCAGAGGGAAAAAAGUCACCAAUGAAUGAAAAAAGGAAUUCAAGUUUGAUCAACAAAGAAUCAUCAGCUCCAGUUCCAGUGCAGGGAUCUUGCCAUUUUUUUAAUGAUGAAUCUGAAACUGCCUCCAUUCGACAGAAUCUGUUAAUGUGGUAUGAUCGAUGCAAGAGGGAUCUACCGUGGAGGAGACUGGCCGAAUCUGAACCUGAUCUGAAUCGGAGGGCGUAUGUAGUUUGGGUAUCUGAAAUAAUGCUGCAACAAACCCAGGUUGCCACAGUAAUUGACUACUAUAACAGAUGGAUGCAGAAAUGGCCUACCUUCCAUGUCCUGGCAGAAGCUUCAUUAGAGGAAGUGAAUCAGAUGUGGGCAGGACUUGGCUAUUACUCCAGGGGGAAGAGACUUCAUGAGGGUGCACAGAAGGUAGUCUCAGAAUUGAAAGGAGAGAUGCCACAGACAUCUGAAGCCCUCCAGAAACUACUACCAGGGGUUGGGAGGUAUACUGCAGGGGCCAUUUCUUCCAUUGCUUUUGGACAGGUGACUGGAGUGGUGGAUGGAAAUGUGACUAGAGUUCUGUGUCGUGCCAGAUCGAUUGGUGCUGACUGCACUAGCCAGGCAGUCACUGAAGUGCUUUGGACUUUGGCUAAUGCACUUGUAGAUCCAGAAAGACCAGGAGAUUUUAACCAAGCAAUGAUGGAGCUUGGUGCCAAGGUCUGCACUCCAAAAUCACCAGACUGUUCAGAGUGUCCACUAAAGAACCAUUGUCGAGCUUAUAAGCAGGUAGAAAAAGAGCUGGAUACAUCUUUCAGAUGGCUUCUGGGAAAAGAGGUUGCAAGUAAGACAACAGUGGAUAUUGAAGAGUGUGAUUCUUCUGGAAACUGCUCUUUGUGUCUUCUUUCUGCUACACCUUGGGAGAGCAGUCUUGGUGUGAUGAAUUUUCCUAGAAAGCCUGUGAAGAAGCCACCAAGAAGUGAACGAACACUGACUUGUGUUAUGGAGAGGAAGAGCUCUCAAGGGGAGUCUGAAUAUCUGACUGUGCAGAGACCUGAUUCAGGACUUCUGGCUGGAAUGUGGGAGUUUCCAAGCAUUCUACUGGAGAUGGAGAUUUCCAAGACGAAACAAAUAACUCUGCUUUCAGAGCGUUUGGGGGAACUAAGCAGAAUGGUGGUACCUAAGCACAGUCUUCAGCACUUAGGAGAGGUUGUCCACAUCUUCUCCCAUAUUCAUCAGACGUACCUAGUAUACCAUGCAUUUUUAGAUGAAGGUGAAGUUGCUAACAUAAAGGAAGAACAAGAGAAGGUGCCAGCAUCUCGAUGGAUGUCAGACAGGGAAUUCAGUGAUGCUGCUGUUUCUACUGCCAUGAAGAAAGUGUUUAACCUAUAUCAGAAAAGGAUUUCUAAUAAAAAAGAUGCCAAGAAGAGCAGCAGGCCUGACAAGAGGAAGAGAGAGUGUGACGCAGCAGUAGAGCACAGUUUUGUAAUAAAAUCCGAAGAAGAGACGGGAUCUGUGAAGAAGCAACUUUCUCUUUACCACUUUAUCAAGAGAUUACCAAAAGAGUGAUACUUGUGUGAAACAGAACUGGGAAAAUGGUUAACCUUUAAAUUGCCAGCACGGGUUGGUUCCAUAGCAGUGUGCAGUUUUAUGAUUAAGAAUCUAUGACUGUACAUUUCUUUUAUGUUUUAGGAACUACAACCCUGUUACUACUGCAGGACAGUGUGCUACAGGUUACCUACCUGACUGCCUCCAGUAUACCUCAGGGUCCUUGUUCCUUUUGGAACAAACAUAUUAGCACGUACGUUUCAUAUCAAAGUGUAAUGAACGUUGCAGUUCAGCAUUUUUCUCUUGUCCAGAAUGACACUUGACAGUACAAACCUCUAGAAAGAAAAUGUGUAAAUAAUGUAGACUUUUGAUAUUAAUUAUUCAGGCAUUUGUAUGCACUCCAUUUUAUAAUUUUUAUAUGACAGUUUGUAAAAAUCA